GGGUUGACUUUUCAAUUUAGCAAUAAAACAUAUUUUUCAAAAACACAUGCAACAAUUAUCGCAUCAUUACAAAUUUCAAUUCAAGUUUAAACGUGCUUUUUUGUUUUUGUUUUUUGUAGUCUUACCCUACUGCACGCUAGAAGCAGAAGGUGUAAAAACCUUCGAUGACACUAUAAGACAGACAUUAAGUUAAAACAUUGUGACGCUUGAAAUGGAAAGGUGCUAACUUUAAACGACAUUAUGUUUGCCCCAGGCACUGGUUGUGGAGAUCACGCUGACCCUCGCGAUAGAGUUAACUAUCUGGAUGAAAAGAACAGAGAUUUCAGAUUUUCCUGGAUUUCUAAUCAUGAGUUCAAUGCAAUAUACAAACAAGUCAAGCGUGAGAGACAACGCAAGAAGGAGGCCAAAGCAUGGGAAAAGUUCAUCGCUAAAAAACAAGCAAAACAACAAAAUAAUGUUAGGCAUAUCAGAAUGUAUGAUCCUUAUCGACCACACCCAAAGACAGCAAUAGGUACUCAAACGGAAACGCACUGCCGUCCAAAAAAUUACAAUAAGUGUAAAUUCACUCCACCAAAAAUGAAAGCACGAGCAAUCAUCCCAAACAACAAACCUCAAUUGGAAGAUAAAAACACAGUUGAAACAGUUGAUAAGCAAAGCCCUCCUAAGAAAAACGAAAGCUGUGUGAAGGAAGAGUGUCUGACACAGAAAGAAAAAGAUGAAAAAAUGUCUGCAAGCAUCGACAUGAAAAUGCUGUCAAAAAAGCUUGAGGAUCUAAGAAGGAAAAUUGUUCUCACUAUAAGGGGAGUAGAUCAGGCAUUGAGUGAAGAUCCCAUGGAUUUAAGCCGAGAAGAAGUUGAUAUUUUAAGAAGCAAAAAAAGAAAUUCAGCUUUUACUUCCAGGUUCAAAGGGAACUAUCUCUAUCAGAUGGCUUGCCAAAUAAAUGACAUCAAAAAAAUUAUUAGCAAUGAAACCGUAUUGAAAUCAAAGCCUAUUGUGCUAGUUCAAAAAUUUGUAUCAGCUCACCAAAUCAUUCUUCAAGCUAUGCAAGCUUUAGAGAAACAUUUGAUAGCGUAUUGCUCUAGUGAAGAGUCCUUCAGCUGGCUGACGGGAUUUUUACAAUCUGUCUGUGAAGUGUCAGACCUGCUGCCCAACUUUGAUGAAACCAUUCCUAAAAGGACAGAUGACCAUAAUGAUGUCAAGAUGGUUUGUAAACAUUUAAUAGAGAAGAUAGAAAAGUUGAAUGUUAAAAGGGUGGCUGUGACGAAGAAAAAACAAACUUUGAAAAAAAUCAAAUCCGGCAACACACCACAGGACUCUUUAUGGAUGUACAGGGCCAACCAUAUGUCCUGGAAAGAAAAAGUGUCAGACAUGACAAAGCGCAAAAACAGAAAAAGCCUUAACUGCUCUGCCAGCAGUGAAAAAAAUGCAGAACAUAUACCAAAAAUGCCAAAUGAAAUUCCUGAGCUGAGGAAGAAAGAAAUGCUUGAUAAAGAAGAAAUGGGCAUAUUUCCUGAAGAAUCUGAGGUUGAGGAUGAAGAAGCUAAAGAAAGCACUGUCAUAAUCCAAAUGGAGGCUGUUAAGCCCAAGAUUGAGCCUAAGAUGAUUACAGAAAAGCCUUUAGAUUCUAAUAAAAUUGUUAAAAUACAACCUCAACAGCCAAAGAAAGAGGUGUUGAUAGUGGAAAGUGAGUGUCCUGCUAAUGUGAAGGUGUUGUACAUUAACUGUGAAGAUGACCAGCAUUUAAAAAAAGUAAAAAGCAACAACAAAAUCGAGAGUGACGACGAAGUGAAUGAAUACCGCAAGGCGUUUAAAGUGUACAAAACUCAGAGCAUGUGGUACGAUAUAAACUUGAACAGCUUAGUGAACAGUAUCACAUCAAGAUUGACGAAUGAGAUAAUCAAGGAUGUCGUGAAAGAGAUCAACGUCGAUCAUAUAAUCAGGAAGAUUAUAGAUUUAGAGUUAAAAGAGAGUUAACUCUUUGUGUGAAAGUUUGUCUUAUGUCAAAAUGCUCAUGUCAAAAUAUACCUGUACAUUUAUAA